CCGUUGGAAAUAUGUCUCUUGGACUUGCAGGAUUCAGGUUUUAUUUUGUGAUUUUAGUAGGAGAGCUCUUCCUGCACUGCAGCACAGAGGAGCUUCCAGCUGAUCAUUUCCUCCAGCCGGCCCAGCGGGAGUCCUCUCUGCUGAAGCCCACAGUGCUGCUCACCAUCCUCGCACGCAACGCACAGCACAGCCUCCCAUACUUCUUAGGAUGCAUUGACAGACUGGACUAUCCAAAGGACCGCAUUGCCAUCUGGGCAGCCUCUGACCACAGUGUGGACAACAGCACAGCCAUUCUUCAGGAGUGGCUCAGAGGAGUUCAGCACUUGUACCACUCAGUGGAGUGGAGGCCCGUGGAGCAACCAAGUUCUUAUGCAGAUGAGCAGGGUCCCAAACACUGGCCCGCCUCCCGCUUCACUCAUGUAAUGAAGUUAAAGCAGGGAGCCCUCAGAGCUGCAAAGAGACUUUGGACUGACUACAUUUUGUUUGUGGACAGUGACAAUUUGCUGACAAACCCUCGGGUACUUUCUGACCUGCUAGCAGAAAACCUGACAAUUGUAGCACCCAUGUUGGAAUCAAAAAGCCUUUAUUCCAACUUUUGGUGUGGUGUGACUCCUCAGGGCUACUACAGACGAACUCCAGAGUACAUUCCCAUCCGUAAAUGGAAACGGCGGGGCUGCUUUGCAGUCCCCAUGGUGCACUCCACAUACCUGCUGGACCUGAGGCGCAGAGCCAGCCAAGCACUGGCCUUCCACCCGCUUCACCCUGACUAUCCCCACCCUGUCGAUGACAUCAUGGCCUUUGCUUUCUCUGCACACCAAGCAGGAAUUCAGAAGUAUGUGUGCAACAGGGACCAUUAUGGAUAUUUACCAGUGCCCCUUCAACAAGACCAGACACUGGAGGAAGAAGAGGAGAGUUUUAGCCACACGCUGACAGAAGCUCUCAUUGCCUACACCAUGGAGCCUUCACGGCAUGUGCAUAUUGUGCCCAAAGAACCAGGCAAGAUGGGGUUUGAUGAGAUCUUCCUGAUCAAUCUGAAGCGCCGCUCAGACAGGCGGGACAGGAUGCUGAGUACUUUGGCUGUCCUCGGCAUCAACGCGACACUGACAGAAGCCGUGGAUGGCAAAGCCUUGAACUCCUCUCAGCUGCACGCCAUGGGCGUAGACAUGCUGCCUGGGUACAAAGACCCAUAUUCAGACCGCGUGCUGACCAAAGGGGAGAUUGGCUGCUUCCUCAGCCACUACAACAUCUGGCAACAGGUGGUGCAACGGGAACUGCAGCAGGUGCUCGUGUUGGAGGAUGAUGUGAGAUUUGAGCCCAGAUUUUGCCACAAACUGGUGACAGUUAUGGAAAAUAUAAAAAAAGUGGGACUUGAGUGGGACCUCAUUUAUGUAGGCCGUAAGCGGUUGCAGGUGAAGAAGCCAGAGCACUGGGUGAAGGGUGUCAGUAACCUCGUGCACCCAGGCUACUCCUACUGGACCUUGGCUUACGUCCUGUCGCUGACUGGGGCCAAGAAGCUCCUGCAUGCAAAGCCUCUGAACAAAAUGCUGCCUGUUGAUGAGUUUCUACCUAUCAUGUUCAACAAGCACCCCAAAGAUGAGUACAUGCAGUAUUUUGAGCAGAGACACCUGAGAGCGUUUUCAGUGGAGCCUCUGCUGCUCUUCCCCACUCACUACACCGGUGAGCCGGGCUACUUCAGUGACACAGAGACCUCCACCAUCUGGGACGAUGAGACCGUGGACACAGACUGGGACAGAGACGGAGCCAAACAGCAGCUUGAGCAGGUAUCUGACGAUGUAGGAUUCCCACCUGUGGCUCCUCAUCCUGCUCAUAGUGGUUUGCCCACCAUCUCUGCCGAUGGGAACAGAGAUGAACUCUGAUGGGGGGGGAGGGGGCUCAGAUUAAAAACUACAUUUUAACACAAAGACCCUCUUUAAGACCCACCUUAAAGCCCCAAUCACCUCAUUGGAUACUGGGCUUUGGUGGAACAUAUUUCUUAUAUUUAUAAUAUUAUAUUCAACUGGUUUCAGCACAAACCUGUUAAUUCACAGUGAGUUCUGGAGCCCCCAGAGCUGUCCCACUUUGGUGGUGAUCCAGCCUUCCACACACACCAAGACCAGGUGAUGAGACGAGAUCGGUGCAUCACAGUGUGUCUUACCUAAAGUUAACCUCUUUAGGAUUAAUAGAUUCC